UCUCACCUUCUGUAACUUCUUUCCAGUAACUCGUCGAAAUGCAUUCACCUCUGCCGAUUUAGGUCGUUGUAGAAUUUUACUGCUUACACAAUCACUCCCAUACAAGUCAGUCCAUUCUGCAUGAAAUGGAUUCCUACACUGCUUUUCCAGGACCAUAUUUACAUGUUGUUUUCUUUGUUCACAGUGAGGAUCUAAACGUAAGCAGACAAGAUGCAAAACUAUGGCUGCGAAGAAUCCACAGAUAUCGUGCAAGAACAACUAGGUCUGAUCCUACAUCGUCAAAGCCACUUGUCUUUAUAUCCACUGUCAAUGGGUAUCAUCAUUUCCGCACUGUGCCACAAAUUGGAGAGAACUACCCUAUGUCUUGUGUGCCUGAACCAGGAAAUAGGUUUGAUCAGUUUGCGUGUCUAGUUAAAGGACCUGGUGAGGAUAAUUCCACAACAUAUGGCCGGGUACCAAAGAACAUCUGUAAUGUUAUAAGCCUAGGACUAGGGAGACACAAUGCGCUAUUGCGAGCGAGCUGUUUUUACAUGGGACAUAUGGUGCAUGAUGGACAGAGAGUAGGUGGUGGACCAAAACUUGUGUGCAUGUACGUCCUGGAAUACAAAGACAAUGUUGAUGUCUACGAGGUUGCAAAUCACUUGAGAAGAUACGUCAAUGAGAAUCUAAUGUACAUGUAAUGAAGAUUCUACAAUGAACUACUGAAUAAGGUGCAUGAUGGACAGAGAACAGACAGCGGACCAUAACUUGUGAACAUACAGUGGUCAAUGUGAAACUAUUAAAUGUACUUAUGAACAAUCUACAUUGACCUAUUGCUAAAUUAUAACAACAAUAAUUUAUUUAUUAUUUAUUCAUUCUGUGUAUGUAUGUGUAACUAAUCUCCGAGAGUACUUUUUAAAGUAUUUCUUUUUUCAUAAAAUCUAUCAAAAA